GCCCUGGCCUCAGAAGGUUAUCCUCUCUCCUGCCAGGCCGAGAGACAUAUUUAGAUGGGACCAGGUGGGGGCCGACGGGUGCCAACUUCGGGGCCGGCUCCGGUUCCCUCCCCGCCCCCUGCUCCUAUCCCUCCUCCUGACCCUUUCACUCUUGGCUCUGUCGGCAGCCUGUCCGGGACCCAGCAGUGUCCUCUGUCCACUGCUCUGGGCCCUUCCCCACCCCGCCCCCACCGCGAGCCCCUAACUCCGGAUUCAGGACCCAGGGCCCCUCCCUGCCCCGGCCACCCUCUUCUGGACCAGGAGAGCCGACCCGACCCAGACCCCGCGACAUCCAUGGGCACCGCAGACAGGAUGGGGGCCGCGGCCGUGCCCGGCCCGCGGCUGGCAUUGCUGCUGCUGCUGCUGCUGCUGGGGACACCCAGGCCGGGGGUGCGGGGGGAGGACGGGCUGGACUUCCCCGAGUACGACGGUGUGGACCGCGUGGUCAACGUCAACGCGAAGAACUACAAGAACAUUUUCAAGAAGUACGAGGUGCUGGCGCUGCUCUACCACGAGCCCCCUGAGGACGACAAGGCCUCCCAGAGACAGUUCGAAAUGGAAGAGCUGAUCCUGGAGUUAGCGGCCCAAGUCCUGGAAGACAAGGGCGUUGGCUUUGGGCUGGUGGACUCUGAGAAGGACGCGGCAGUAGCCAAGAAACUAGGACUCACGGAAGAAGACAGCAUCUACGUGUUCAAGGGAGAUGAAGUCAUCGAGUACGAUGGCGAGUUCUCUGCUGACACCCUGGUGGAGUUUCUACUCGAUGUCCUAGAGGACCCCGUGGAACUGAUCGAGGGUGAACGAGAGCUGCAGGCAUUUGAGAACAUUGAGGACGAGAUCAAGCUCAUUGGCUACUUCAAGAGCAAAGAUUCAGAGCAUUACAAGGCCUACGAGGACGCCGCGGAGGAGUUUCACCCUUACAUCCCCUUCUUCGCCACCUUCGACAGCAAGGUGGCAAAGAAGCUGACCCUGAAGCUGAAUGAGAUUGAUUUCUACGAGGCCUUCAUGGAAGAGCCCGUGACCAUCCCCGACAAGCCCAACAGCGAAGAGGAGAUUGUCAGCUUCGUGGAGGAACACAGGAGAUCCACCCUGAGGAAGCUGAAGCCCGAGAGCAUGUAUGAAACCUGGGAAGACGACAUGGACGGAAUUCACAUUGUGGCCUUCGCAGAGGAAGCUGAUCCUGAUGGCUACGAGUUCUUGGAGACGCUCAAGUCCGUGGCUCAAGAUAACACUGAUAACCCCGACCUCAGCAUCAUCUGGAUCGACCCCGACGACUUCCCACUGCUGGUGCCAUACUGGGAGAAGACGUUUGACAUCGACCUGUCGGCCCCACAGAUAGGAGUCGUCAACGUUACUGAUGCGGACAGCGUGUGGCUGGAGAUGGACGACGAGGAGGACCUGCCUUCCGCUGAGGAGCUGGAGGACUGGCUGGAGGACGUGCUGGAGGGCGAGAUCAACACAGAGGACGACGACGAGGAGGAGGACGACGACGACGAUGACUAGUUACGGUGGCCGCCGUGUCCCAGCCCGCCCGCUCUCCUCCUCGUGAUCUCUUCUGCCUCCCCUGUCCCUCCCUGGGCCCCUCCAGGGACACUGGGUCACUCCCUGCCCUGGGGCGCGCCGGGGUCCGCCGGCUGAGUGCUGAGCCCCUGACCCUCACCGGACGAGGACGGAUCCCACUCUUAACCCACGUGCCAGCCCGGGCGCCUCAGCUGACUCGUGUCCUAUCCCACGGUGGCCCUGGGCCCGCUAUUCGUUUCGUCCAUCACUCUGUACAAUCUUUCCUGGGACUCUUUCCUCCUCGGUUCCCUCCACCCGCGCACACGCUUCCCCACACUCUCAAAUCCUGCAUCCUUCUGACCGGCCUGUCCCUGGCCAGGAGGAAGGGCGGGCCCUGUGUUCGGGGCUGUCUCUCAGCCAUCUCUUGUUAAUGUAUUUGGGUCAAAUGAGAGGCCUCAAUAAAGGAUCUGGGGCAGCAAAAACCA